AUGCCUCGCUCACACCAUUCUCGCAAACGUCAUCAUUCUUCGUCUUUCAUCAAAUUCGUUGCCCGCAUUCAGCACACAUUUUCUUCGAAAAAUCUCAAAUCAUCAACUCCAGUUGUUUCACAAAUGCCACCAAUGCAUCCUGUGAAUUCAACUCCUGUACCGAUAUUUCCAUCGUUUCCAAAUCAUCCACGUUGUCGAUUGUCACAAAUUCUCUACGAUCCAUUGCAUCAAGUGGAAUACUUAAGCGAAAUAGAAGAAAAGACCAAUUCUGAUAUUUCCGAUCAAUCACUCGCUGUUGACGACAACGACUCGUGUUAUGAUUCCAUGAGUGAACAUCGCAACGAUCGAUUUAAUCUAUCGCAAAUGAACGUGAGCAUGGAUCAAGUCGACAAUCAUUCUACUGAAAUAAUCAAACUGCCCAAAUUACCUUGCUCAUUGGAGAAUGCUCGCUUUCAUUCGACUGCAAUCAAUGAUACUGGAAAUUUUUGA